AUGGCUCCAUAUGAGGCUCUGUAUGGGAGAAAGUGUCGAUGCCCGAUUUGUUGGGCCAAAGUAGGUGAUAGACCAUUGUUAGGAUUGGAACUUGUGCAAGAAAUAACUGAGAAAGUAAAACUGAUCCAACAACGUUUGAAAACUACACAAAGCCGCCAAAAGAGUUAUGCGGAUGUCUGGAGAAGAGGCAGAGAAUACGAGAUCAGUGACCAUGUAUUUAUCAAAGUGACUCUGAUGAAAAGCCAGACGCGAUUUGGGGUAAAAGGAAAGUUAGCACCAAGAUACAUUGGCCUGUAUGAAGUUUUAGAGAAAAUCAACUCAGUAACAUACCGAGUGGCCUUACCUCCAGUCAUGGAAAAUAUUCACAAUGUUUUUCAUGUCUCAAUGCUUCGAGACUAUUUGAGAGAUCCACUACAAGUGAUUGAACCGACUCAUGUGCUUCUGAAGGAUGAUUAUACGUAUGAGGAGAGGCCAAUACAAAUUAUGAAUCACCGAAUCAAAAGAUUGAGAAACAAGGAAAUUUCGCUAGUAAAGGUUGAUUGGUAG